CUGGGUGUUCCCUGAAAUGGGUUGAUGGCCCUUUAAGAGGCGGUGGCUUACUUCCUGUUGCCAUGGAGAUGACCAGACACAUACACACCGGCAGACCCAGGCAGCAUGUCCUCUAAAGUUCAGUCCACAGGCCCCAGAGCCAAGGACCACGGGCCCUCAGCCCAGGAGAGUCUGCCACCCCCAGUGGCCAAUGCUGAAGCCAUCCACUUCCUCAGCUCCCUUGAGCAGAAUGAGCUGCAGACGCUGUUCUUCUCCGAGACUCUGGCCGUGGUUACAGACACAGGGGAGCCUCAGGGAGAGCUGACCAUUGAGGUGCAGAGAGGGAAAUACAAAGACGAAUGUGGUGUCAUGUCGCAUUGCCUCCUCGUGCACGCGUUUAGCCGCAGCUUCGUGGACAAAAUGCUCUGUGGAAACUCCCUCCUCGGCUAUCUCUCCUCGAAUUUGGAGAUCAAGGAACAACAGAGUCAAGAGUUCAUCAAGUUCCACAUCCUCCCCAUGGAGCGGAAGAUAAGUUUGCUGAAGCAGGAUGGUCAGCUGGCCGUGACCAGAAGUGUCAAGAAGGGUGAGGAAGUGAAGACCGAAGUGACGAUUUUCCCCUGGCAUUCAGUCACGGGCUUCAUCUCCGAGGCUGCCAACCUGGUGUUGCUCAGAGUCAUGGGCUGGCGGCAGAUGGUGCCCAGCAACGCCCGCUUCCUGGCCUUGGACACAGAGGGCAAACUCUGCUAUUCCACCUAUGAAGGCCUAGGCUUCCAGACAAUCCAGGUGGACCGUCAGCAGGUGAAAGUGUUCAUUGUGGAGCAGACUGUUCACUCCACUGCGGGCAUCCCCAUGUCCUGCCAGUUCUUCCUGCUCUCUGAUGGACAUCUGGCCAAGAGAGUCCAGGUGGGCUCCCCGGGGUACUGCAUGGUCACCAAGAUGCCCAUCACGAGGGAGAUGAGAGAGAGCCUGGCCCGGUAUUUGAGAAGAAGCCCCUGGUGUGGGAGGAGGACCUGGAACUCUACUCCAAGUUCGUGGACCGAAAGGAGGAGCUCCGUCUCAGCCACGCGAACUACCUGCGGCACCACCCCGAGGCCCAAGCGCUCAUCUCCGACUUCCUGCUCUUCCUGCUGCUGCGCCAGCCGGCCGACGUGCUCACCUUCGCCGCCGAGUACUUCGGUCCCUUCGCGCGGCGCCGCCCGCCGGCCCCCGCCUCGCUCUCCUCCCGCCGGCCCGGCCCCUUCCGCCCGCAGGAGCCGCGGCCCAGCCCCGGCGAGGGCUAGACGGCCAGCCGGAGCGCCGGGCCGCGGGCGGGGACGGGGCAAGGCAGGGCUGGAACGCGGGCGCGACGCACCCUGGAGGCGCGCUGUCCGGACUGCGGUUUUGAUGGAAAUAAACGGGGCCCUCCCGACUCCAUCUGCUGUGGGAACCGGAACCUUCCUUGGCCAGACUCGUGUCUUAGCAAAGGAAGGACAGGAACCGUUAACAGCGUUUAGCGAGCGAAUUUAAGCCUUUUUCUCUAGAUGCUAUUAUUUUCAAUAUCCCUAUUUUAUAGAUAGAAAAUAGAGGCACAGAAAAGUGGAGAAACUUCUAGAGUCAGCACGUGGGAAGCCCGAGUCAAACCUGGAGGCUGGAUUCCAAAACUCUCUUAGUGAUAAGUUAGUGGGGAUGGACAGGACGGGCUUCUUAGCACUCAGAAUCAUUCUGGACCCCACAGAGCACGCGGCCCGCUCCCCGUCUCCCCCACCCCACAAAGAAAAAGAGCAGACAACAUUUGGGGGUGCGGUCAAGAUCACCACUGGCCUUGCUCAUCACCUUGGAAGCCUCCCAAAACACCUGCCACCAGCUUACAUUAUCCACCUCCAUCCUUCUGGUUUCCCGCUGACACACAGACUGCGAGCGGGGCCCCCAGUUAACCUGCUUCCUGAGGAAAAAAGGGUUAAGCAGGUAAUCAUCACCUCUUUUAGGCUCCUUGCUUAAUGUCAGUCUGGCCAGUAGCUUAUUUCUGCCCAAUGCUGGCCAUGGCUCAGUAGCAAUAUCAGGCAAGUUCCCCUGAGGCAGCUGGUGGGGGCACUGUGGGUGCAGGGCGUGCAGGCUCCAUCCCUCCAUCUAUUCAUUCAUGAGACCUGCUAGGAGAGAUUUAGGCACACUGGAGAAACUCUGCACCACAGUGGACAAUAUGAACCAACAUCUGCAAGGCGGGGGAGGGGCUUCCAUGAUGCAGGAAUCCAGCAAGGAAGGCUUCAUGGAGAACUAUCACUUGACUUGAACCUUAAAGAAUGCUUCAAAAUAUAUUUUAUCGUCCCCUUCCCUUACCUCAAAAGAAAUACAUGUUCAUUAGAGAAACAUAGAGAAGGGAGAUAAACCACAAGAAGAAAGUGAAUUCACCUCAAUUCCUCGACGUAGAGACAGCCGCCACUCUUAACAUUUUGGCCAAUAAUCCUUUCUACUCUUUCUUCUAUGCAUAAAAGUGGUUGGUGUUUGUUCAGCAUUUGCUCUGUCAAGCACUUUUUUAAAGACUGUUUGAUCUAGUCUUUACAACUCCAAGAGACUUUAAAUAUUUUUUAACAAAAAUGAAAUAAUACAGCAAUUAAUGCUCAUUAACUGGUAAUUGCUUAGUUAACAUUCUUGAAAAAUUUCAAACAUUAUAGAUGAAGCUGGAAUCUCCCCAGAUUCCCACCCCUCAAUCUCCUUGUGUUUUGGAACUUGUUUCAAGUGUUGUAACUGAG